ACAAAGGGCAGAGUUUCACAGUCCUGCUCAUGUUCGACACAGAGACUGAUUUACAAAUAGCUUCUGGCAAAACAUUAACCCAGAUUUCUUAAAGACAAAUAGAAGAAAGGAAGAAAAAAAAAACAUGUGAUCCGUCGUGGUGUAUUUUUUCUUUAGCUGUCUUGCAAGUGAUAUUUAUCCAAGCUAGAAUUGUGUUUUGUUUUGUUUGGCAUUACAGACGAUGUCCAAUGUAUGUAUCCUGAAAAAAAAAAAAAAAAAUAAAUUCAGGGAGCCGGAGGGUCGAAGCUGAAGUAUGCGCGUGGAUUGACGGUGAUUGUUUUUAGUGUUGCUUCAGGUGUUUCUCGAAAACUCAAAACCCCGAUGCGACUGUAAACGUCUGAGCCUGGACAUACUAUUAAUUAAACCGAGUAUUUAUUUUAACUCCCUCGUCGUUCCUUACUUGGCAUAACUACAGCUACAUAUUAACUACAGACAUGGCGGAGAACUCCGCUGUAUCGGAAGAACCGUAUUUAUCUGAUGGAUUUGAUUCAGAAGUAGUCGGAGAGGAUGGGGCUUUAGAUUUCGGCGAGGAAUUAGAACUGAACCAAUUCGAUGGGUUGCCUUAUUCCUCCCGGUAUUACACGCUACUCAAGGAAAGGAAGAGCCUCGCAGUUUGGGAGGCCAAGCGUCAAUUCAUGGACAGUUUGGCCAAGAAUCAGUUUGUGAUCGUCUCUGGGGCAGCAAAAACUGGCAAAAGCUCUCAGAUCCCUCAGUGGUGUGCGGAGCACUGCCUGUCUGUUCACUACCAGCAUGGCAUGGUGGUGUGCACCCAGGUGCACAAGCAGAAGGCAGUGGGCCUCACACUCCGUGUGGCAGACGAGAUGGAUGUCAACAUUGGACACGAAGUGGGUUAUGUCGUCCCACUGGAAAGCUGCUGCACCAGCGACACCGUCCUGAGGUACUGUACUGAUGAUCUGCUGCUCCGAGAAAUGAUGUCUGACCCUCUCUUGGAGCACUAUGGUGUCAUUGUCAUUGACCAAGCUCACGAAAGGACAGUCUCCACUGAUGUGCUACUAGGGCUGUUGAAAGACAUUGUGCUCCAGAGGCCUGAGCUCAGAGUUGUUGUAAUCACUGCUCCCCACAUGUGCAGCAAACUACAGGCUUAUUAUGGAAACGCUCCUCUUAUAAGGGUGGACAGUAAGUGCCAAACAGAGGUGGUUUACAGCAAUAGCAACCACAAGGACCAUUUCUAUGCUGCAGUGAGACUGGUGUUUGAAAUGCAUCACACAAAGGAGGACGGGGACAUUGUUCUGUUUUUGGCUUCUAGCCAGGAGAUUGACAGUGCUCAUGAUAUCAUCAGGCAAGAGGCUGUUAAUCUGAGCCCAGAUCUUGGAAUACUAGUCCCGGUUUCCUUGAUCCCAGGGAAAGGUGGAUUUUUGUCCAGACACAGCGAGGAGCAGGAGAGAAGCAGCAAACCGUACGUUAGAAGAGUCUUCCUGACUACCAGCAAGGGGGAGGACUUGCCUUGGGCAAUCAACAAUGUGAACUUCAUUAUUGACGUGGGCAUUGAGAAGAGAAAUGUUUACAAUCCCAGGAUCAGAGCCAACUCCCUUGUAGUGCGACCAAUCAGUAAAAGCCAGGCUGAGAUACGGCGGCAGCUUGUGGGUACAACAGGGAAGUGUUUCUGCCUGUACCCGGAAGAGAUGCAGUUACCUGAUCAGACUCCUCCUCAGAUUCUGGAAUCAAACUUCACAGCCAUGGUGGUGUUUCUAAAAAGGAUGGACAUUGCUGGCCUGGGCCAUUGCGAGUUCUUGGACAGACCAGAUCCGGAAGGUCUAAUGCAGUCUCUGGAAGAGCUGGAUUACCUGGCUGCCCUGGAUGAUGAUGGAAACCUAUCUGAAAUUGGAAUCAUCAUGUCGGAAUUCCCACUUGAUCCCCAGAUGGCAAAGACUCUGCUGGCCUCCUGUGAAUUUGAUUGUGUGAACGAAAUGCUUACCAUAGCAGCGAUGCUGACAGCUCCAAACUGCUUCCUGGAGCCUCCUCUUGGCUCAGAACAGCUGGCCCUCACUUGCCACAUGAAGUUCCAGCACUCUGAAGGGGAUCACUUUACUCUCAUUAAUGUCUACAAUGCCUAUAACCAAAGUCGACACUUCAACCUUGAGAAAUGGUGCCAAGAUUAUUUUCUCAGCCAUACUGCUCUCCAGACAGCUGAUGCCAUCAGAUCUGAGCUGAGAGAUAUCAUUAAACGUAUUGAACUUCCCAUCUCUGAGCCUUCCUUUGGAACAAAAAGCAACACUUUGAACAUAAAGAGAGCGCUGCUGUCUGGGUACUUCAUGCAGAUUGCUAGAGAUUUAGAUGGUUCUGGGAACUACUUCAUGUUAACAAACAAGCACGUAGCCCAGCUGCAUCCUUUCUCAGUAUAUGGCUCCAAGGCAGAGAAACUGGGACUUCCAGAGUGGGUUCUGUUCCAUGAAUACACACCCUCGGAAAACAACUGUGUUCAAACAGUCACAGAAAUAUCACCCGAGAUGUUUAUCGAGAUGGCUCCACAGUACUUCUUCUAUAACCUUCCCCAUAGUGAAAGCAAAGAGAUGCUGCAGCUUAUCAUUGACCACAUUUCUUCAGCACAGUGCAAAAAAGAGGAGCAACAGAACAUUCAAACACUCACUCAUAAAACCCCAGAGGAAUGUCAAACACUCCAGGCUUCCGAAAGAUGUGUUAUUCAGUAAAGCCUGGUAAAUUGGGCUGGGGAUAAAAUGGUACUGUACUGUUUGUUCUAAGAAUGUACAGUGCUUUUGUGAUGGAGGUACUCCAAGACCAAUCUGCAACAAAAACAUCUUUUGAAACUACUUUUUUUUUUUUUUUUACUUCAAAAUGGCAAGGAUAUCUUACAGGAGAAUUUUCUGUAUGUAAGUUUGUUUUGUAACAAUGUAAUACUUUA